AUGGAAUCUCUGCUUGCCCGCGCUGAAGAGGCAACGAAGAGCCUCUCGCGGCCUGAGGCCGAGGCACCCACAUGGCCGCCUCCUGCUGCCUUGGGCGCGGAGCUCUUCGCACGGGUGCAAAAAGAGCAUUCGAAGGCAAAGGCCAAGGCGAUGCCACUGGGCGUGGAGUCUGCACGGCGCCUCGCGGCUGCUGCGGCUGCUGCCUUGCGGCUGUCCUGGGCAAUUGGCCUUGCCUCAGCGGAAGCGACAGAGUGGCAGCAGUUUUUGGAAGACAAGCUUCAGGAAGCGCUCCAGGUACUCGCAGCGGAUCCGCAAUGGAUGAGUGCUGGCCUUGGCUGCCUGCCGAAGGAGCUGACGAAGCGAAAGUCCAGCACGGAGUCCGUUGAGGCAUUGCUCCGGCACUUGGACUUCUUCGACCAACUCCUCUUUAGGCUCUGGCGCGGGCGAUGCGGUAACGACGUUCGCCAUCCGGCUGAGCUCUCGGAAGCAGCCUGCGAAUGCCAUCUGCAGCGAAAACCAGAGCUUCGCGCGGCAGUGCAAAGCCUUCUUUUAUCCACAAAGCGUGCAACCAAGCGGGCGGUGCUCUGGGACUUCCGCAAGGCCUGGCUGCUGCGCGGUGCUGGGCCGCCGUGGAAAGCCGCUCCGCUGCCGCUGCGCUUCCUGCGAGCGCGCUGGUUGGAGGCCAGCUGCCUCGUGGAACUCUAUGCAACGACCAACGCGACAGACAGACACAGACGGAGCAGACUCCAGAAGGCUGUGCUGAAUUGGCAACUCGCUGGGAGAGACGCAUCGGCGAGAUGCCAUGGGUUUGCUGUGCCGAGUGCUAGGGCUUUGAAGAUUAUAAAGAAGUACUCUCGCGGAGGGCUGGUGGAGCUCGGAGCUGGUGUGGGAUACUGGGCAGCGCUGCUGCGGCGGCGGGGUGUCCAUGUGGUGGCUUUGGAUAUCGACCCGCCCGAAGAUGGCGAUGACAUGCACAAGGUAGACUUGGGAGAUGCAUCUUCCCUGAAGAAGCUUUCGUGCGACAUGCUGCUGUUGUGCAUGCCGCCUCCAGGGGAGCCUGCCUGUGCAGACAGAGCCUUGAAGGAGUUUCGUGGGAAUUACGUGGCUUACGUUGGUGAGUGGUCCACAGGCAUGACUGGGACUCAGUCUUUUCACGAAACCUUGCGGUCCCGGUAUGUGCUUGAGCAUCGUGUUUCGUUGCCUUGCUUCCCGAGCAUGCGCGCGGAAUGCUACGUCUUUCGCAAGCGUUCUCCUUGCGAGCUCCCAGAACUGUUGACGUGUGACGAAUGCGGCUCUGCAUCUGCAUUGUACCUGUGUCCAGAAACUCGCUACUGGCGGUUGUGUUCG